AUGCCAGGGGCAGUUACGCCCUCCAAGACCUCCAAGCGCAAGAUCUGCGUGUACUGUGGCUCCUCGCCUGGGUCUAAGCCGGAGCACAUGGCGGCUGCAGCGCAGCUUGCGGUGGUGAUGGCCGCCAACGACAUUGGUUUGGUCUACGGCGGCGGCACAGUCGGCCUCAUGGGUGAGAUCGCCCGCACCCUCGUCAGCCUCUCAGGCCCCGACGCCGUCCACGGCAUCAUUCCGGCCCCCCUGGUCAAGUACGAGCGCGACCCCACCUACACCUCGACGGUCAGCCACCCGGCCAACGGCGACAAGCCCCUCGCCAUCCCCGAGGAGUCCAUCUUCGGCCGCACCACCGUCGUCCCGGACAUGCACACCCGCAAGAAGAUGAUGGCCCAGGAGGUCCAGGCCGGCGGGCCCGGGUCCGGGUUCAUUGCCCUGCCGGGCGGGUUUGGCACCAUGGAGGAGCUGCUGGAGAUCUGCACCUGGAACCAGCUCGGCAUCCAGCGGAGCGGCAUCUGUGUGCUGAACGUGAAUGGGUUCUAUGACGGGCUGAUCAACUGGAUCGGGAAGAGCAUUGACGAGGGGUUCAUACGGCCUGGGAAUGCCGAGAUCCUGGUGUCGGCUUCCACGCCGGAGGAGGCGGUUAAGGCGCUGGCUGACUACAAGACGCCGGACUCGGUGCUGAAGCUGUCGUGGGGUAACGAAUAG